GUUGACGAAAAAUAAGAAAACGGAUAUUAUUUAAAACGCAUAUUUACUUAGUCAUACUAUUAAAAUUGUAAAAAAUGAGCGACAGCGACGACAAUGAUCUAGAAUUAUGUCCCACGACACUUGCCGCCUUAAACGAGUUUCUUAAAGAGAAGGAAGAAAAAGAAAAUCAAUUCAAAUCCAUCUUAGGAUACCAAUCUACAGAUGUUUCAUUUGAUGAAAAUUGGCAAUUAAGUCAGUUUUGGUAUAAUGACGAGACGACAGAUAAUCUUGCAAAAGGUACAAUAAAUUCUACAGAAACUAAUGGAAAGAUUGCUCUGAUUUCUUGUCCUACACUUUACAGCAAACUGAAAAAGAAAUGUAGCGAUCGUCAAGUUACGCUAUUCGAGUACGAUGAACGUUUUAAAGUGUUUGGUUCUGAUUUCAUUCCAUAUAACUAUAAAUUUCCGUUGGAUGUGCCGAGAGAUAUGUCAGGUUCUUAUGAUUUGGUCAUAGCUGAUCCACCAUUCCUUUCUGAUGAAUGUUUAACAAAAACUGCUCUUACAAUAAAAUUUUUGGCCAAAAGAAAUAUUGUUCUCUGUACAGGUGCAGUGAUGGCAGAAUUGGCAGCAAGAUUAUUGGAUGUUACAAUUUGUAAUUUUAUACCCCGCCAUCGAAAUAACCUUGCAAACGAAUUUUACUGUUACUCGAACUUCGAUUUUGAUAAAAUGUUAAAAUAA